UUGCUGCACUACAUUAGAACACAUUAUAUUGUAUUUUUACUACACCAGAGGUUUUUAAAGUGGGUGGAGGACCUCUUCAGGGGGGCUCCAAACAGUUUCAAGGGAGGUUCAGUGAAUGAAAAUGGAAAAAUGUGACAUUAGUUAUUGAAAGAUCACAGAAUAGCCUAAAUGUGUGUGAUACAGUAGUUUGGGGGAAUUGUACAGUUUUUUCACAGAGUCAGAAACAAAUAAAUGCCUUCAGACAGACCAUUUUUCUAUAUUUAGUGUAGUUUAAAGUAUGUCAAACAGCAAUAUCAGGUUAUCUUCUGCUAUCUGCUCAAUUGUUGAGUAUCUAUGGGCUCAAAUAUCAUAACCAUGACCCUAUAGGCAUCCAGGGAUUGAGCGAAACUACGCAAAUAAACUAAAAGGGGGUGAGGGGUCGCCUUUUUCCAAGCUUUAUCUGAGAGGAGGCCCAGAGAGUGUCAGACAUUGAAAAAAAAUCCCUGAACUCCAUUCAAUUCAGCGGUGUUGUAGUUCAAAGGUCAGCCUGCAGUUCCGUUUCCUUCCAUCAGGGGGCAGCACAACCACAAGCCACCGUCUGCGAGCCGAAGGAAGCAAAAUCGAAACUCUUCAAUGAGUUCACCUUCAGAUAAAUAGUUUCUCCCCUCCUCAUCUUCUUCUUCCUCCUCCUCCGUCUCUGAACACUUUAAUUUAGUAGUCUCUACAAAACAUGAAUGGCUCUCUGCACUCCUCACCCAACGUGGUGGACAUCCAGCUGAAGCGAGGACCCGCAGGCUUGGGCUUCAAUAUAGUCGGGGGCGUGGACCAGCAGUACGUGGUGAACGACAGCGGCAUAUAUGUGUCCAAAAUAAAAGAAGAUGGAGCAGCAGGAUUGGACGGAAGACUUCAAGAGGGGGACAAGAUCCUGGCGAUCAACGGAGUCAAGCUUGAGGAUCAGACACACAAAUCUGCAGUGGAGCUCUUCAGGACAGCAGGAGAGGACGUGUUGCUCCGUGUUCUGAAAAAGUCGUCCCAUCACAUGAACGGACCUACAGGCUCACAACCGGAGUACAAAUCUUCGAUGUCCGCUCUGGGAGUUCUGGGUGUUUUAGCGGGAGUCGCCACCCUCUUUGGAUUCCUUUACAUGCGACACCUUAAGAAGCACUUUUAACCUCGCCGACAUCAUCUGUAUAUUAUUUUUAAGAUCAAAAACUUUGCUUAAGGCCAAAGAAGUGAAGAGGGAACAAACUCUAAAACAGUAGAACCUUUUUUUUUUGUUUUUUUUUCUGUUUUUUUUAUUAGUAGGUGUUGGUGUCACUGAUGAGUUUCUCCAUGUUCAUGUGUAUUAUGUGAUUAAUGGUAGCUUCUUGACACCCUUCCUAUGCAAAAAGGAUGCUUUCUCACCACAGAGAUCACUUUUUAAUAGAUAUUUUGUGACGGUAAGGAGAAGAAGAAGGAUGUACACAUGACAUUCCUGCUGCUGGGCUGACGUACGCAGAGUUUGUAUGCUGAAGAUAUAUUAAAUCCUCGGGUCGAGUCAAACCGCCUCGAGCUUCAGGGUCCACUUACAAACUGAAAGACAGUGUUGUGUUCAGUCCUUCGUAGGCCUCUCCGGACCCCCGUCACUGAAUGGCGGAUCUGUCCGAGGGGCGACGUGAGAGGAACCCACUGUAUUUUCAGUUUCCAAAAUUUAUGCGACCGGGGUUGAUUUUCAUUUUGCACUGUCGCACAGAUUUACAGGGGGGGCGACUUCCUGCUGUGCUACUUAGACUGAGCUAUGGGUGAUAAAAAUGUAUAUCGUAACGGACGUCUGAGUGCCUUUUCUAUCUAUCACAAGUAAUACUGGUGUUUGGUUCUUGUUCCUUAUUGUGAUCAAAAUGAAAAUCAACCCGUUAUGUCCAUAAAUGCAUUAAAUUUAAGGAGAAGGCUGACAAUAUAUUCUUUUUUUUUUGUCUUACUGUCAACAAAUCCAACGAAAAACUAAGAGUGUGUUAGUCCGUCUCUCCAUACGUUGACUUCCCAACUCAAGCCCAUUGGUUCUUACUGGAGAAGUAAAUCUUUAAAGGGACAUAUCAUGCACUUUUCCAGGUCUGUAUUUUAAAUUUGUGGCGCUACUGGAAUAUCUUUGCAUGAUUUACA